UAGGAGUCAGCUGACAGUAGUGACCAACCAGCGGGUGUAACAUCUCCACUGAGCUGAACCUUAGCGGAGGAAAAGGAAGGAACCUGUCGUCCGUUUUCACUCUAUCAACCGCGGAGAACCGGACAGCCGUCACCCUCCCACACCCGGCCACGUCUCCUCGCCUCCCGCAGGAUGAGUGUCGGUGCUCCGAGAGGCCUGGCCAGCUCGGGGCAGAAGCCCAUCGCGGAGAUCCUCCACCCGCUGUCCGCCGCCGAGGAGCCGCUGUCCCCGGGGCUAGAUGUCACUGUCACCGUCGGGGUGGACAAGGAAGCUGGGCUGACCAAUGGCACGCCGGUCGAGACGUCAAGUCCCGCCUCUGCGUCCUCGCUGUUCAACAGGCUGCAGCUGGAUGAUGACCUGGAAGCAGACGCCAGGGACCCCUACGCCUCCACCGAGACCCGCGACCUUUUUGUCACAGUCGACGACCCAAAGAAGCACGUCUCCACCAUGGAGACCUACAUCACCUACAGAGUCUCCACCAAGACGUCGCGGAUAGAGUUUGACCUGCCGGAGUACUGCGUGCGGCGGCGCUACCAGGACUUUGACUGGCUGAGGAUCAAGUUGGAGGACAGUCAGCCGACCCACCUCAUCCCCCCGUUGCCAGAGAAGUUCGUGAUGAAGGGCGUAGUGGAUCGCUUUUCGGAGGAGUUUGUGGAAACGCGAAUGAAAGCUCUGGACAAGUUCCUGAAGCGAGUCGCUGACCACCCCGUCCUCUCCUUCAAUCCUCAUCUAAACGCUUUCUUGUCUGCCAAGGACCUGAACAAGCGUCAAGGUUUGGCCCUGCUGACCAAGGUUGGCGAGUCGGUGAAGCACGUGGCUGGAGGCUACAAGCUGCGGGCACGGCCAGCUGAGUUCUGUGCCAUGGGGGAGUACCUGGACACCUUCUCCCAGAAACUGGGAACCAUCGACCGUAUUGCUCAGAGGAUCCUCAAAGAGCAGUCAGAGUACCUAACAGAGCUUCGUGAGUACGGCACAGUGUACUCCAGCUGGGCGGGGUCGGAGGAGGAGCUGCAGCGCCCCCUGGAGGGCGUGGCAGACAACGUGUCAACAUGCUGCAGAGGACUGGUUGACCAGAGCGAGAACAUGAGUCAGGACUUCCUGCCUGUACUCAGAGAAUACAUCCUUUACAUAGAGUCCAUGAAGAACGUCUUGAGGAAGCGAGACCAGAGCCAGGCGGAGUACGAGGGACGACUAGAAGCUGCCAUAUUGCGUAAACAGGAGGACAGAACGCCUAUCCCAGUGGAAGUAGAAAAAUGCCAGGACAAAGUGGAGUGUUUUAACGCUGACCUGAAAGCAGACUGGGAGCGCUGGCAGAGCAACAAGAGACAAGACUUUAAGCAGCUUCUCACUGGCAUGGCCGACAAAAACAUCAACUACUAUGAAAAGUGCCAGUCCGCGUGGGAGUCGCUCAUAACUCUCCUCCAGGACAAACAGACUGAGGACAAAACAAGCGAGACGAACUGAAACAUCUCCUCAUGUCUCAGACCCCAUUCUCUCUGUAUCACACACACUCUCUCUCUCUCAUGCCAAGGAAAAGGACCAACAGGGGCGGCAGAUUUUAACUGCUGGAUUUAGCCCCAGUUCUCCUGUGAGAUGAUUGUAUGGAGGGGAGUCGUCUCUCUGCAAAGGAGGUAACGAACGGUGCAUUCAAGGACAGCAGGGAAAGAGGAGAGACCUACUAUGUACAGACAUUUUCCUUUUUGUUUUACGUCGUUGUUCUUAUUGACUUUUUCUACUUCAUAUUUCCAGUUAACAGUCGUUUGCCAAUGCUACUUAUUUAACAACAGUCUCAGAGAGACGUGUUUUCAGUCUUUUCUUUCCAUUUUCACAUCAAGCUGAAUGUGAAGCUUAAUUCUUCAGCGCUGCAGAAGUUUUUUUGUUGUUUUUUUUUAAAGCAUAUUUUUAUUGGGUAUGAAGUAUGAAGUAUUUGGACCCCUGUAAGGCUGUAAUCGCCGGUGAAAAUGUAACACUAACACUCUCCAAAGAAACAAGCUCCUUAAAAACGAUUUUUCAGUAUCUUAUAUCUUAUCAUUUAAAGGGCAGACAGGUUAUUCUUUCAUGUUUCAGCCCAGAAACUCUGUACUUGUAACCAUUACUGCUGACCCUCAAAUGUUACAGUUUUCCUCGCUUCCAUUUGUCUCAGUGCACUAUGAAAACCAACUUGCAGAAACUUGAAAUUGUGGCAUCAAAGCUUCACAACAUGGCCUUGUGUUCGACCAGAAAAGUCGAGGGGGGGAAAAAAGUAGGAAGUGUAGCUACAUAUGUUAACAUAAGACAUCUGUAAAAGUCUCUGUCAGCUCUUCAAAGGGAAACUUUAGGAUUUAUUUGACAUAUUUUUGAUUCACACCUUUUACAGAUAAAUAGACUGUAAGAAAAGCUGUUUAACAAUGACGACACAGGUGUGUGUGUGUGUGUGUCUGAGUUGAACACUGAGCUUUAUGAGGAACGUGAUGUAUUUUUUUUAGUUUUUACCCCGUGAAGCUGAGCUCUGAUAUAAACUGUAGAUUUGGUUAUACAUUUGUGUUGUGGACGAGUACAGUGCAGCAGUGCCACCUGGUGGUCAACCUGCUGAUUAAUUUUCAUC